AAAUUUCAAAUUAGUUAGUGUUUGAGACUUGGUUUGCACACUUUUCAUACUUUCUACUGUAUUCUACAAUGAAGAUUGGUUGCGUGAUUUGUGCUGGCACUGUACAAAAAGAUGCCUUUGCUGCUGCUCCUUGUGGACAUGCAUUUCAUCUUACUUGUUUAAAUGAAUGGUUGAAGCAUCAGAAGACCUGUCCUCAGUGUCGUGAGAGCUGUACUCCUCGAAGAACUCUCAGACUUUAUUUAGAGGAUGCCAAUACUACGAUAAAUAUGUCUUCUCAGCUGGAUCAACUAUCUGCUCAGGAUUUAAAAGAGAAAUUACAAGAGAUGGAAAGCCUGAGCAAGGAGAAAGAUGAGGCAUUAAAGAAAGCAAAGAAAGAAUUGGAGGAGAUAAGACAAGAAGUGACAGCAUGGCAAGCUCAGUGUGACGGAGCACAGUUCAAGAUUGAGAAAGAAAAGGCAAUCAGCGAGUCUUUGAAACAUAAGUUGAAACUAGUUCAGUCCGAGCAAGAAAUCCUUAAAGAGAAAGCUAAAGAAGCCACAGAAUUGAAAGAAAAAGUGCAUACACUGGAAAGAAUUGAGCUUCUCUUGUCUGGAACAAGGGAUGAAGCUCACGAAGUGAUAUUCAAUUCCUCUUCAACCUCUCUAUCCAACUAUGUUAUAGCACUCAAGAGUGAGUAUGACACUUUAAAUGAAAGGAAGGUGGUAUUGCAAAGAGAAAAGGACAAGUACUUAAGAGAAGUCACCAAUUUAAAGCACAAAGUUCGUUCAUUGAAUAUGGAUUUGCAGUCAGCUAAUUCUGAUGUCCUUACUCUUAGAGCUGAUCUUCAGUCGGCUGAAGUGGAGAAAGACAAUUUAAGAAAGAAAGUGCACCUUUUAGAGAAGGCACUAGAGUCUCCUAACUCAAGAACAACUCUUCAAAGAAUUCUCGAAAGUCCAAUGCCAGAAGCACUAGCAAAGAGACAGAAGCUGAUGGCUAAUGACUGCAGUCCUCAAUUAUCCACUGGAAAAGAUGAAAAUGCUGAACCAGCAGCCAGCAAACCCAUUAGCUUAACUGAAGCUCUUGUUCCUGUUCGUAAACUGAAUAAUGGCGCUACAUCAACCAUUAGCAGUGGUUUUAAUGGCUUUGGUGGACAGAGCAUGUUCAUUAAACCCAAGGCUAAGGCUCAGGCUAAAAAACCUUUUAAGUUUGCACCUAGAGCAAUAACUAAUGACAACUCUAAGCAGACCAAACUUCUAGCAAUGAAAUUAAAAUUUUAGUUGAUUUACAUGUAUUAUAUAUUCUCAAUUCUCAUGACAGGUAAUGAACUAUUGCAAAUUCAUAUACUAAUGAAGUGUUAAAUAAGUUUUUUUGAGUAAACAUUUAGUGUUGACAAUGAUGCAAAAA